AUGUCCGGCGACGGCCCCGAGUCUAUCCCCACGUCGGCCGACCGCCGCUCUAAGCGGCCGGUCAAGAAGCGCGCCCUGACGCCUGUCUCGGCCCAAGCCGCCACCGUCGACGCCCUCUUUGCCAAGCCGGACCAGGAGAUUCGCAUCCCGGCCCUGACGAUCACCGGUGACGGCGCCGCCCUGGUUGCCCGCCGUGCUGCCGCGCCGCCUGAGAUUAUCUCCAAUGUUCAGGGCUCUAGCUCCGGUGCCGGCAGUGGCGAGUUCCACGUCUACAAGGCCAGCCGCCGCCGCGAGUACGCGCGCCUGCGCCAGCUCGACGACGAGGCCCGCCACGAUCGCGACAAGACCGAGUUCGAGUCCGCCCGGACUGACCGUGAGGCCCGCGAUGACGACAAGACCAAGCGCAAUCGCGAGAAGCGCGAAAAGGCCAGGGCGCGCAAGGCCAAGGCCAAGACGGGUGCCGGCCAAGAAAAGGACAACAUCAAUGCCAACAGGCCGACACCUCCCUCGACAAACAGUCAGGCAGACGCAAAGGCUGCAGACACAGAGGCUGCAGACAAAGAGACUCCAGACGGAAAAUCAACAGAAGCACCGGAAGACCCAAAACCCAUCCCUGCAUCCACUGCCAGCAUCCCCCAGCCGCUGCCCAUCGCAGACGGACCCGGACUCCUCAUCCACGACGACGACGACGACGACUGA